AUGUCCGACGAGAAAGACGAAGGCAGCUCUGGCUUUAUGGACAAGCUCAAGGAAAAGCUGGACAAAACCCACAUCCAUCUAACCCACAAGAAACAUCAGAUCGGCAAACUUGCGAACUUGGUCAACAUCAAUCACCGACACGACGAGGAACAUGAGAAGCAAUGUGAUGCCAAGCGCACCGAGAUCUGCGAGUCUCAUCGCUUCCAGUCCUACUUCCCGGAGCAGGAAGGCAACCUCAUCAAGUGGUACGUCGACGGGCGGGACUACUUUUGGGCGGUGUCGGCCGCGCUUGACAAGGCACGUGAAACCAUAUACAUUGCCGAUUGGUGGCUGUCGCCCGAGUUGUUUCUGCGACGGCCGCCGUACUUUAACCAGGAGUGGCGCCUGGACCAAGUGCUCAAGCGUCGCGCCGAGGCCGGUGUUAAGAUUUUUGUCAUCGUCUACCGUGAAGUGGAGGCGGCCUUGACGUGCAAUUCGGAGCACACCAAGCAUGCAUUGCAGGCUCUGUGCCCAGAGGGCAGCCCCGGUCAUGGCAACAUCCGGAUCAUGCGGCACCCGGACCACAAUGUGUUUGAAAACGCGGCGGACAUGACGUUCUACUGGGCGCACCACGAGAAGUUCAUCGUGAUCGACUACGAGACAGCCUUCAUCGGUGGGCUGGACAUGUGCUUUGGGCGAUGGGACAGUCACACGCACGCAUUGGCGGAUGUGCACCCGGAGAGCGUGGCCCAUGAGGUGUGGCCCGGGCAGGACUUCAACAACAACCGGGUCAAGGAUUUCCAGAACGUGAAGGACUGGAAGCAAAACGAACUGAGCAAGGCGGAGUUCGGCCGUAUGCCGUGGCACGAUGUGGCGAUGGGCGUCGUGGGGCCAUGUGUCUACGACAUUGCAGAGCACUUUGUGCUACGCUGGAACUUCAUCAAGCGUGACAAAUACAAGCGCGACAAGCGUUUCGACUGGAUCAUGCUGCGUGGCCGCGAGGGAGAGGACGAAGCCCUUGUCGGCGUGCAGCGGCCAGACCACCCGGUGGGCGACUACGUUCUGCACCCGCUGACGCCGCUGGAGAGCAAGCCGCAGCUGCGGCCGGACAACGGCACCAUGCGUGGCCAGCUGGUGCGGUCGGCCGACGACUGGUCCAACGGCACGCUGGUCGAGCACUCGAUCCAAAACGCCUACAGCGAGCUGAUCCGCAACGCCGAACACUAUGUGUACAUUGAAAACCAGUUCUUCAUCACCGCCACCGGUACCGAGCAGUCACCGGUCCACAACACCAUCGGCUCUGCUAUUGUCGAUGCCGUGGUGCGCAACUCGGAGCGCGGGAAGAAGAACUUCCGCGUCAUCAUCCUCAUCCCGGCCGUGCCCGGCUUUGCCGGCGACCUGCGCGAGGAUGCCGCCCUGGGUACGCGCGCCAUUAUGGACUACCAAUACAAGAGCAUCUGCCGCGGCCCCAACUCCAUUUUUGAGCAGAUCCGUGCCAAGGGCGUCGAUCCGACAAAGCACAUCUUCCUUUUCAACCUGCGGAGCUACGACCGUCUGGCGAACACGGCGGCCAUGAAGCAGACUGAAGAGGAAUCGGGCGUGUCGUACCAGGAGGUGCAGCGUGCGGAGGCAGAACAGAUCAUGGGCGAGGGCAUCCACGGGACCAUUGACAACGAUGGCGGACGCGACACGCACAUGGGCCGGGCAGGCAACCAACAAAGGACCAAGGACAAGGCACAGGAGAGAUCCGAUUUUGAGAACGACAGCCGAAAGCCAGACUACAUGGAGGAGGCCACAGAUAAGAAGCGCAAGUUCGAGGCAGCGCAGGAGGGAGGGGACGGGGAAGGCAAGUCAUCGGCAGCAUCGGCCAGCUUGGCGAAACACAUGAUGGCCGGCGAGGGUCCGUUGUCGGAGGAGCCCUGGGACGGCGAGGCGACGGAUGAGGUGCAGAACUGGAUCCAAGAGGAGCUGUACAUCCACGCGAAACUGCUGAUCGUCGACGACCGAUUUGUCGUGUGUGGCAGCAGCAAUCUCAACGACCGAAGCCAGCUAGGCAGCCAUGACAGCGAGCUCAGCAUCGUGAUGGAGGACACGCGCAUGCUAUCGUCACGCAUGGACGGUGAGCCCUACGAGGCCGGCUACCACGCCGCCACGCUGCGCCGCUUCCUCUGGCGUGAACAUCUGGGUCUGCUGCCUGCACAGGGCCUCGACGGCUCGGACGAUCCCAACGCCCAGCCGCCGUCGACUGAUUCGCCCAACGACGUGCACGACCAGGACGACAGCUGGGCCUUUGUCGAGGACCCGCUGAGCGACGAGCUGUGGAACAUGUGGACAUCGCAGGCCUCCACAAACACGGAAAUCUACCGACACCUGUUCCACGCCGAUCCAGACGAUAACGUCAAGACAUUCGACGACUACGACCGCUUCCUGCCGCCAAAGGGCGUCCGCGCCGGCCACAUAUUCGACCAGUUCAUCCCGCCGGAGGAUAUCCGAUCCAAGCUGGACCAGAUCAAAGGCCACCUGGUUUGGAUGCCGCUGGAGUUCCUAACCGACGCAGCCAUGGCCGAAUCGGGACUGCAGGUAAACCAGUGGACCGAGAGCGUCUACGCGUAG